GACGCACUUCCGGUUUGUCCAAGGUCCUUUUCCUGCGAAGAAAUACGUUCAACUCACGUGAGCAAUUACGCCUCAUUCAGUCACCACAGCCUCGUUCAAAACGUCUUUUAAGCGUCCCCGAGUGUGUUACAAGACUUAAGUUUUCUUUUCUUAUCCUGCUCAGUUCGUUUGUCGUCUCGUUAGUUUCACUUUUCCUCGGCCUACUUAGCUUCGCAGUUAGCCACCUUUCAGUCAUUAAAUCAUGGAUCAAAGUGGAGUCACCGCUCACAAGCCAAAGAGCCCGUGGGGCACUACGGCAACAGUGCCGCCAGCCAUGUCGACGUGCUCGCUGGCGGAUGUGAUGAGCGAGCAGCUAGCCAGACAGCUGGAAGAAGAAAAUCACAACUUUAGCAGCCUCGCUGACCCGUCGGUUUUGUUGCUGGGCGACGACGCCGCGGACACAACCAGCGACUUGAUGCUGGCUCAGAUGCUUCAGAUGCAGUACGACCGAGAGUUUGAUGAUCAACUGCGUCGCGAGGAGAAGAAGUUCAACGGCGACAGUAAAGUGUCCAUCUCCUUUGAGAACUACCGCAAGGUUCAUCCCUAUGAGGACAGCGACAGCUCUGAGGACGAGGUGGACUGGCAGGACACCAGGCACGACCCCUACAGGGCAGCCAAGCCUCAGACCACACCCAGAAGAGGUUUCGUUGGCAAAGGCAAAAACAUCACAACCAAACACGACGCGGUGACAUGUGGCAGGAAGAACACAGCACGCAUGGACAACUUUGCUCCCGAGGUGCAAGUGGGCGACGGUCUGGGCAUGGACCUGAAAUUGUCCAAUCAGGUGUUCAACUCUCUGAAGCAGCACUGCGCCAGCGAGCAGCGCCGAAGCGCCAAACUCCACGAGAAGAAAGAGCACUCCACGGCCGAGCAAGCGGUGGACCCCCGCACUCGUCUGCUCAUGUACAAGAUGGUCAACGCAGGCGUGCUGGAGAGCAUCAACGGCUGCAUCAGCACCGGGAAGGAGUCUGUCGUCUUCCACGCCAAUGGGGGAAGUUUGGAUGAGCAGCCAGUUCCAGACGAGGUGGUCCUCAAGGUGUUCAAGACCACCCUGAACGAGUUCAAGAACAGGGACCGCUACAUCAAAGACGACUAUCGCUUCAUCGACCGCUUCACCAAGCUCAACCCUCGCAAGAUCAUUCGCCUGUGGGCCGAGAAGGAGAUGCACAACCUCAGCAGGAUGAAGAAGGCGUCGAUUCCGUGUCCCGACGUGGUGUUGUUGAGGAAACACAUCUUGGUGAUGUCGUUCAUUGGACAAGAUCACGUCCCCGCGCCCAAACUCAAGGACGUCGUGUUGAGCUCCGACGACAUGAAGAACGCCUUCUGCCAAGUCUUAAACUUGAUGCAGACGCUGUAUCAAGAGUGUCAUCUGGUCCAUGCUGACCUCAGCGAAUACAACAUGCUGUGGCAUCAAGGAAAGGUGUGGUUGAUCGACGUCAGUCAGUCGGUCGAGCCGACACAUCCUCACGGCCUGGAGUUCCUCUUCCGAGACUGCCGGAACGUUUCCACGUUCUUCCAGAAACGAGGAGUGAGCGAGGCGCUGAGCAUCUUUGAGCUCUUCAACGCUGUGUCGGGACUCGACAUUCCCAUUGGGACGGAAAAUGAGGCGGAGUUUGUUGCCGAGAUUGUGGCUCUGGAGAAGAGGAACGAGGACCACGUGCAGCGGCGAGGAAAGAAAACGUUUGCCGUGGCGUCCGAAGACGACAGCGGCGAGGAGCAGGCCGACCCCCCUUUCAAGGCGGACGCUGACGACUAGCUCAGCGUCCGCUCGCACUCACCUUCUCUCUCCGGCAUGAUGAUGACGCCGGCGUGACGGGCCACUGACCGCCCCCACAGCACCUCCCGCCUGAUGCUGCGUGCUUUGAAGCCCCCCCCGAGUUGUGGUGUGCAUUUGGGCGGAUGCUGUGUGCGCUUUGUGUGUUUGUGAAGCUGAUGAUGGAAAAAGUGUGUAGGGAAAGAAGUAUAUGCACUCACACAUUGAGUGCUCUUCUUUCACAUCAGGCCCAUCUUUGGUUAUCGCUUUGACUGGCAGACGCAACUUCCUGCCUUGUCCUUCAAAAUGAAAAUUGAAAGAGGAACACAGAAAUAAAUGCAGAGAGAAUCCAGA